UCGUCUUCUUCCCUCCCCCACCUUGGCUCUUCAAUUCGCCUUAUCCAAAGUAAGGCAAAGCAAGGAAGGCCUCUCCUCCUCGUGGCCAUGACCAUGGAAGCCUCCAUGUCCAGGACAGUGUCCAUGCUCUUCUCCGCCAGGAGGUGCAUCGUCGCCAGCGCCGCCAAGGACAUCGAGAUAGCACAAGGAGGAAGAAGGAGAAGAAGCAACGAUGUGAAGCAGCAGCGAGGGUCACACGGCCAGCUCGCCGUGGCCGCGGCGACGACGGCGGCGGCCAUGACCGGCCAAUGCCACGCUGCUGCUGCUGCUGCUGCACCGGAGCGUCAGUGGCAGGAGGUGGCGGAGUGGGUGUGCAGGGCGGUGGCGGUGGUAGGGGAGCUGGACCCAGCGACGGCGAAGGCGGCGAUCGGGGUGGCCGGGCCGGCGCUGUCGGCGUUCGGGUUCCUGUUCAUCGCCCGGAUCGUGAUGUCGUGGUACCCGAGGCUCCCCGUGAGGGAGUUCCCCUACGUGGUGGCGUACGCGCCGACGGAGCCGCUCCUCGCCGUGACGAGGAAGGUGAUCCCGCCGCUCGGCGGCGUCGACGUCACGCCGGUGGUGUGGUUCGGCCUCGUCAGCUUCGCCAGCGAGAUCCUCGUCGGCCCACAGGGAUUGCUCGUGCUCCUCUCUCAGCAAAAGCCUUAGCAAACUCUGUUUCGUUCGUUCGUUUCCAUGUGAAAAGUGAAGCAAAUUAAUACGCUGUGAUUCGGACUUUACACGAUCUCUUGUAGUAUUAAUCGUCGGCUACAAAAACCAAGUUCUAACGAAAAACGCUCAAAAUCGAAUUUGAGACAGUCAUGUUUUUUUUUCU